GAGAGGCCAGUGCGUCCACCAUGUGGGACAACAAUGCCUGGGCGUAUUUCUAUGACAACUCGACUGAGGCGGAGGCGGAGCCACCCUUCCUCAUCCAGGACUUUAUCCACACCCUUCAGCCUGACGCAAGGUUCAUCGUCAUGCUGAGAGACCCUGUGGAGAGGUUGUACUCCGACUAUCUCUACUUUGGGAUCACUAAUAAGUCUGCGGAGGACUUCCAGGACAAGGUGUCCGAGUCUCUCCAGCUGUUUGAAGGGUGCCUGACAGAGUACACCAUGCGCUCCUGUGUGUACAACACUACGCUCAACAACGCCAUGCCAGUCAGGUUGCAGGUGGGCCUGUACAUAGUCUACAUACUAGACUGGUUGACAGUCUACAGUAGAGAACAGAUUCUGGUCCUUCGGCUCGAAGACCACGCCUCCAACAGGAAGUACACAAUGCACCAAGUCUUUGACUUCCUCAACCUGGGUCUGUUGACGGAGCAGAAGGAGGCAGAGAUCACUAAAAGUCCCGCCUCCAACACACGGCGGCCAGCGGAUAAGAACCUCGGACCCAUGCUCCCCGUAACCAAGGAGAUACUGAGGGACUUCUACACUCCGUUCAACAAGAAACUGGCCAAGGUGUUUUAA